AUGAAGAAAUUCUUCGAGAACAGGAACCUUAUUCAUUUAAAGAAAAGAACCGUCGACUAUCUUGGCGGCCUUUGGGGUGGCAAGGCAUACCGGGGACCGGACCUUUUCCUUGCCCACACAGGUUUGGGCGUCACGGUGAAGAUUUUUGAACUGAUGAUGAAGUGCGUCGAGAAGCAGUUGAAAGUCAUGAAGGUCAACAAAGCUCUGGCGAAGCAGAUCGUCAGUGACAUCGAGAGUAUGAAAGAGCCACUGUGCGAUCCAACGGGAAAGCUGGCGAAGGAGCAGAAUGCCAAGAACUUGGCCUUGGGCGACCCCUUCGAUGAUGCUGCGAAUCGAGCCGCAUACGCGGAGUUGCAGCGGAAAGAGGAGGAGAGGCGCCAGAAGAUAAUCGACUUCCGCAAGCGCAAGGAGGCGGAAGCAAAAGAGAAGGCAAAGAGCAAGAAGGACGGCGGGAAGGCGAGGGAACCCAGCAAGGACUCCAAGGAGGCAGAGGCUACCAAAGAGGAGCAGGUCCAGGAGCGACCACCUUCCGUGGGCAGCUGCUCGGAUAGCGAGGAUUCGGCGCGCUUGGCUCAUCUGAAGCCAGCGGCUCCAAAGCCGGAGUCCACGGAGGUCUCCAACGUGGAUUGCACGGAGCCGAAGAAAGAGAAGAAAAGCCAGAAGGAGCGGAAGCCUUCCAGCAAGGGAAAGGAGAAGAAGGAGAAGGGCCACCGGAAGCAAAGCUCCCCGGUGAACUCCUAUUUAACCACAGCAAAAGUCGAGCAGAACGCCGAGGCUCGCUCCGGUGACUCCGGCCUCUACUCGAUGGAGACGACAGUGGGCAACCGGACAGAAGCAUUCUCAGAGCGUUGCGAGGCCACGGAAGAGAACGGAGAUCCGGAGGAUUGGUCGAGUGUCGACGAGGAUUCUUCCGUGACCUCAGCGCGAUCUGCAGGUGCCUGUGAGAUGAUGGACUGGAGGUGGAGCCCCGACAUCUCGCCAUGGAACUCUCCCUGGGGGUCUCCCGUGGGCACGGUCACGAUGACGUUCGAGGAUGGCAGCUUGCCCGCUUGCGAUGGCGGAAUUGAGGAGCCACGAUGUCCAAGGUCUGUCCAGCUUCUGCUGGAUUGA